AAAAAAAUAAAAAAGACCGAAGUAGGAAAAAAGAAAAAAAGAAGAAAUGGGUAGAGACUCCGGUUCAGUGUUUUGGAUCUUGCUCUUUCAUGGAAGCUAGAAGAUGAUGGUAUACUCUGUUGUGUUUAUAGAAUAGUCCCACUCACUCCUCAAUCAUUCUCUCUUGUGAUCUCUCCUCCGGAGUGAGUAAUCAUAAUCAUGGCGACAUCCGAUAAGCAGAACACGUUGGAUUACAUCAACCAGAUGUUUCCCACUGAAGCAUCUCUAUCUGGCGUUGAGCCCCUUAUGCAGAAGAUACAUAGUGAAAUUCGUCGUGUUGAUGCUGAAAUACUGACUGCUGUUCGGCAACAGAGUAAUUCUGGAACCAAAGCCAGAGAAGAUCUUGCUGCAGCUACGAGUGCUGUGCAGGAACUCAUGAAUAAGAUUCGAGAAAUUAAAACCAAAGCAGAGCAAAGUGAAACAAUGGUUCAAGAAAUAUGUCGCGAUAUUAAAAAAUUGGAUUUUGCAAAGAAGCACAUAACAACCACGAUUACUGCCCUUCACCGCCUUACCAUGCUAGUUUCUGCGGUAGAGCAACUUCAAGUAAUGGCAUCAAAACGUCACUAUAAAGAGGCAGCUGCACAGCUUGAG